AUGGUCACUACACGAGGUGGAACAGAAACGCCAGGCGCGCCGACACCAACGCCGCGCAGCUCGACGAGGAAAGCAGCAGGAAAGCGAGAACUCGAGUCGCUAGAGACACCAACACAAGCAAAGAGGCAGAGGAAGUCUGCGCCCACGUCAUCGUCCAAGAAGAGGACUGCCAAACAGGCGGCCGAGUCAGAUGCGCCUUCUCAAGAACCUUCGCAAGAGUCUGCAGACAACACCUCUGACACCAUCGCUAUCGCGGCGCCUGCGACUGAAGAUCCCCAGACACCGAACAAGGACGACCUUCUACCACUCCGACGCCAAUCGAGUCCUCAUGUUGUAGUCAGCAGGAAGUCACCAGACGACUCUACUGCUACAGACAGCUUCGGUGAGGGCAAAGACGAGGCUCCAGCAACUUCACAAAAUCCGUCCUUUUACACACCCGCGCAGCAGCCUGGCUCCGGCUCUGUAUAUGCGACCCCGGCAACAACAUUCAAGCAGCCUGAAGGCUCACCAACACCCAAGGCUAAAACGGCAAACAGCCAGACACCAGCGUCGACAUCAGCGAAGAAGGGUAGAGGGCGCCCGAAGAAGGUCGUAGAGACGCCGUCCAAGUUUCCCGACGAGAUCCCGACAUCAUCAUACGAAAGCGACGCAGCUCCGAUACCCUCGCAAGAUUUCGUACCUCCUUCGGCACAACCCGAGAAGACGCACAAGCGCUUUGGUAGCGAGGAGCCUGCGGAAGCGCAAGAUUCACCUGUUGCGAACAAGCAGGGCAGCAACCGAUAUGAAGAACCAGCAACCGAAAAAAGCGAACUAGAUGCGGACGAAGCAAGCGAUUCAGACGACGAAGCGCCCGAAGUAGUCACGACCGCUGCUGCAAGUUCGAAAGCACAAGCGGCACAAGCCGAAGCCGACCGCGCACAAAAAGCUCAACAGGCAAAGGAACAGGCUAAGCGACAGGCGCGCGAGGAACUCGCCGCCGCCCAGCAAGCUGCAAAGCGCGAGCGUGAGGAGAAGAAGGCAAAGAAACUGGCAAAGAAAGCUGCCAAGGAGGCAAAGGCUGCCGCCGGCUCGGACGACGAAGAAGAGCCAGAAAUUGCGUCGCGCAUGGACAUUGACGUAUCCAACGGUCUCCUACCCGCUUCCCUCCUCGAAACCAUCGACGACCAACGCCCUCCUACACCGCCACCCCAACGCCGUGGAAAGACAGAGGAGGAGCUCAGAAAAGAGAAGCUCAACCAUCACAUCAAGUUCCUGGAGCGCGUCGACAAGCCGGCAAAGGAUGUGAAGAAGGGCAAACUUAGCGUAGCAGUGUUGGCGCAGCAGAACAGGGUGCUGCCACCAAAGGUGAGCAGGAAUACAAAGAACGUGCGCGAACACUGGUUGAAGAGUCGCGAAGUAGAGAAGACCCGUGGGAAGCCCGGUGUUAGGUUUGGCAAGAGGAUGGAGAGGAGGCCGCAUGGUAACCGGGGUUUCUUGAGGAAUGGGGAUGACUAG